CACACACACAUUUCUGACAUACUGACAGAGUUGACCUCAUCCAUCCGAUGCCGAGAUCAGAGUCCAGGAAUAUGGAAGGCGAGCACCAGUCUCUACAGCGUCUUGACACUUGUUCUCUAUAAGAAAGGGAGGAGAUUGAAGUUUUUUUUUGUUUUUUCAGGUAUAAUAACCUGAAGUCGGUUUGUUUGUUAGUCAUUUCUAAUGUGCUGCCUUUUGGUAGAGAUAAUUUGACGAUUUCUGAUCACAUCUACUGUAAGAUCUGCCGUGAAUGAAUACUAAACGAUUAGGUGAUCAUAUAAUUCUAUGUUUUUUUAUUCGAAAUAAGGCACAGAUCGCACGCACAUUGAAAGAGAACGCAUGAUAGCUGACGCUUAUGUCGGAAUAAGCGUCAACUUCUGGACAUGGAGCUGAUUGCAGGCAAUGAAAAACACAGACAUCUCAGCCUCUACUGCUAUCUCAACAAUGCACGAAAGCAGUGCUAAACAUGCAUCCCUCUACCUGUAAUAGCUAGAGAUCAACAGAGAUUUUCCCAUGGACAAGGAUGAGACAUGCAACAUUUCAAGAAUGCCCCCUGGCUGGACACGAGUGGUGAAGCAGCGGAAAGCUGGCAAGACAGCAGGCAAAAUGGAUGUCUACAUCACAAGUCCCCAGGGCCAGACCUUCCGGUCCAGAGCAUCUCUGCAAGCUUUCCUUCUUAAAGGCGGGAAGGAGGACUUACACAUAGACCUCUUCAGUUUCAGCACAUGUGAGAGUGACAAUAUCCCAACUCCACAAUUACUCCCACCCAGAAUCAAACAAAGUAAGAGAGAUAAACUACAAGGUGAUGAACAAAAGAAGACAAAAGAGGAUGGCUCAGAAAUAUUACAUCCACUUCAGCCUAAAUCUAAAAGGGCCUCUUCUUGCAAGCAAAAUACAAGUGACAAACUUCCAAAGGCCUCAUCAGCCAAGAAGGCCUAUCAUACAUCUUUGAUGAAAAGGGAAAACAAAGAAGAAAAUAUAAGGGGCAUUUCAGAAGAUGUUAUUCAUUUUAAUACGGAAAGUAAAAAUGAGAACAAACAAGUAUUAAAUGGUCUUAGUGAUGAAAGUGAUAAGUCUGUUAGGUGCUGCAAUCAGACUAUGUAUUUAACCCCAGCGAAUGAGGUCAAAUUGGAGAAGAGCCCUCGGAGGAAAGGGCUGCUGAGAGAGAAGCUACUGGCCCUUUCAACUGGUCCAGAGAACACUUCUGAUGAUCAGCAAGUCAUACAGACAGGCUCACAGCCUCCUGUCCCAAGCCUGACUGUUGAGGUAGCCAUUAAUAGCAAGGGAGUUGGGGAGGGUGAGCAAGACGAUGCGCAAAAGCUCUGUGUUGCAUCAGAGGGUGAAGCUGAGAGUGAUUUGGAAGGAGAGCUAAUUAGUUCUGACAACACUGGUGGGCGCUGUUCACCAAUGACAGACUCCCAGAAUCAAUCCAGAAUUUUGGGAGACAAACGGAAGACCAGUCCUUAUUUCAGCAACAAGUCACUGAGAGAAGGCUUUAGCCCCCCCAGGAGAAAGGCAUUUAAGAAGUGGACCCCUCCUCGUUCCCCCUUUAACCUGGUACAGGAAACCUUGUUCCAUGAUCCAUGGAAGCUACUGGUAGCUACCAUCUUUCUGAACAAGACCAGUGGUAAAAUGGCCAUUCCGGUGCUUUGGCAGUUCUUCGAACGUUACCCAUCUGCUGAGCUGACACGGGAGGCUGACUGGAAGCCCAUGUCUGAACUUAUGAAGCCACUUGGCUUAUAUCAGCUCAGAGCUAAAAUAAUAAUUCGUUUCUCAGAUGAGUAUCUUACUAAACAGUGGCGCUACCCCAUAGAGCUGCAUGGUAUUGGGAAGUAUGGCAAUGACUCCUACCGGAUCUUCUGUCUGGGAGAAUGGAAAAAGGUGACCCCUCAAGAUCACAAGUUAAACCAAUACCAUGUUUGGCUGUGGGAGAACCAUGAGAAGCUGGGAAUUUGAGAAGCUACGAAGUUUGGAGAACUGCAGGGAAUACAUUCAAGAACUGUUAAUUAUGUAGCAAAAUAGUGGUGUUGAGCUUGAUAAACCCUUUCAUAGUACACAAAGUGUUAUUUUUGUCAUCUUGUACAACUGUUUAUUCAUUGAUGAAUAAAGUAUUUUUAUGGUUUUACU